UUGGAGGGUAAACCGGAAGUGAAAGUUAAAAUCUAAUCUUGACGCCGCAGCAACUGGAGAGUGUUCCUGUAAAGUGCGUUUCUUUUAUACAUUGCGGCUGUCUCGGGUCGUACUAUUGUUAGGAUUCAGAGGAAAAGGAGAGAUGUUAUGAGAAAUGAAGAGUAGAGUGGUUUAAAGCGGAUCUGAAGCGGCUCCGUGUGUCUGUCCCGUUGUUAUGGAGCAGCCUCCUGGGACAGCAGACGACCUCCAGACCCCACAGGACCUGUCCACCUCCAGUCUGCCCGCUGUGGUCAACCUGACCAGGAGAGGAGGAGAAUGUGCCAUGAUCAGAACCUCCAGCUGGUAUCAGACCGCAGAGCAGGGCAGCACUGGAUCUUCAUAUCCAGACACUGCCCCCUGCACUGUCCAGUCAGGAGGCCAGAUCCUGCCUGAUAACGCCUUCUCCCCCACCACUGUCACACUGUCCUACGUGAGCCGGUCUCAUGUCUUCUCCACCCAAGACUCCCUGUCUGGGACCUCCUCUGUGUAUGGUGUUCCCACAUUCAGCAAAUACUCACUCCAGCCUUCGUGUGAGCCUGGAGAGACAGACAUGGCAUUAAACCAACCUUAUCUGGAGAACAUGGAUGGACCUAGUGAUCUAGCAGCACACACAGAUCAUCUCCAGUCUCUCUCCCUGGAGCAGCCUGAGCUUGACGUGGAGGCUAAUAUAAACCAGACAUCUGAGUUGAGCAGGACAUCACAGUUGGACAUAUCAGAGCAACACGGUGUUAAUAACUGUGAACGUUUACAAAAUGGUGGGGACAUUUGGUUUAGUGAAUCCUUACAAGAUGGUUCCAUGUCCUUACCCGAGUGUCCUGCAGCCUUACAAGAAUCAGAGGGUUCUAGUUCUCUAAGCAAAAAUAUGGAACAUUUCAGAGACAAUCAUUCCUUACAAAGUAGUCACACCUUCACAGCAGAGUUCCAUCACUCUGAAUUGGCAUCGGAUUGUUUAAAAGAACAUCCAAAAUUCUUCCCUGGGUUUUCAGAAUUGGUGUCGAAGGAGGUUUUAGAAAAAUCACCCAAAACUUAUGAGGAGUCUCCUGCACCCUUGGGAGAGGGCAAUGACUCCUUAGAAGAGUGCCAAGAAACUGAAAACUCUCUGGAUUCCUUACAGAAAGACAAAGAGAAUGUUUUGGGUGAGGACAGUCCAGAAGUUGUUUGCUUAUCUCUACAUCAGAAGGCAGCAAAUACACAGCUGGGAGAAGUCAUCAGCCCUUCGGAAGACCCUGUGUCCCCUUCUGCUACCUCACUGGACGAAAUGGAUGAUGUCUUCAUACUUCCACCAGCCUCCAGUUCACAGAGCGGGGAAAAUUCCUUUUUAGAAACAACAACAGAUGAUCUUUCAAGUACCCAAGACACCAUCCAGCCAGGCUCUGAGGACAGUGCCACCAGCUUGCUUUCGAAUGACAUAAAUGAAUGCUCAAUUGGUAGAGGGAAGUCAGCUUUUGAGCCGCUAAUCAACUUGACGGAUGACGUUUGUAUGGCAGAUGUUUUGGAUGGAAAGCUCAAAACCGGCAAAGUUUUGAACGGCAACUCUAAAGCACUACAAAAGACGGUAAGCGAAAGGAAACUACCUGUGCGAUCCGGUAGAGGGAUGCGGCUUGACGCUAUCGUCAUGAACAUCAACUCCAGUCGGUAUAAUGUGUCCGGAUGCAUACGAACUGGCAAGAAAAGUCCCCAGACAGAGGAAGAUAAGAUAAUGCCACGUAAGAGCCACAGGCUUUCAGCAAGAAAUAACAAAUGUGACAAUAAAGAAGAGAUGCCGAAAGUCUCUCCUAUAAAGGGUCUGACUAAACCAAGCCCAGAAAAAUGCAAAAAUGCUACCUCAGAUUCACCCCGCCAAAGCACCAAAAAUCCACUACAAGCCAGUCCAGUAAAGUUAAAACAGAAAUCAUUGUGUGAUCAAACUCUGCCAUCAAAAAACUGCCAAGAAGCUGUUUCACGAACGGAUAGUGAUCUUGAUGUUACUGUUGGAAGUGUUAUGUUGACUCCGGAAUCGUCCAAAUCUCCAACGAAAAGCCCAGGCAAAACCAACAACGAGGCAUCUGUGAAAAAAGCCCGCCCAAGAGCGAAAUCGAAACCAGCGCCUGAGAGAAAACGGAAAAAAUGUAACAUUGGAAAUGCUUCUAGUAUGUUUUCUCCCAAGGAGCCCGAAAUCAAGCUGCGAUACUUAAACUACAAAGAGGGGAAACGGGACUCAAAAAGUGAUCGCUUCUCGCCGUUCAUCCGGGUGCAACGCAAGGAGCAGGCGCCCUCACUGUGUAUUGUGGUCAACUACCCAGAAGAGGUCAAAACUCCACGGAAAGCCAACCAACAGCACGGAUCUUCAGAGUACGUGCCCGCCGCUGUGCCCACUACUUCCUGUCUCCAGUUGGGUCGGGUUUCCAUGCAAGCGGACCAGCAGGCGGCGCUUGUGUGCUGCCUGUGCGGUCAGUCCGCCAACUCCAUGGACCUGGGCGAUCUCCACGGACCCUAUUACUCUGAAGGGCACCAACCCCUGGCGAAAAGGUCAAACGCGGGACCGGGGCUGAAGGAGGAGUCCAGUGAUUCAGAUUCGUCGUCAUGCAGCGGGACAUCAGUAAGGCGGCAGCAGCGGCGGCGGCGGUGGGGGGUGAGGAAGGGAGGAGUCCGGCGGCGAAGCGGGCUCGGGUGGACACACAGGAUUGGUACAGCCCCCCCGUGGUGCCGUUGGGUCCCUGCGAGUACUGGCUGCACGAGGACUGCGGGGUGUGGUCCGCCGGGGUGUUCCUGGUCAGGGGGAGGGUCUAUGGGCUGGAGGAGGCUGUCAGAGCAGCACACAGUACGAGGUGUUCAUCGUGCGGGGACAGGGGUGCGUCUCUGGGCUGUCUGUUCAAAGGCUGUCCCAACAAGUAUCACUACAGGUGUGCUCUGCAGUCAGGUGAGUCUCUGGGGAACAAACAUUUUGAUCUGGUAUUGUAUGUCAGUCUAUCAAUCAGUCAAACUUUAUAUUUCAUACAAAAAAUGUGACACAAUGUGCUUUACAGUGAUUAAAAACAGUCCCACACUUCCUUCCACCCACCCAGACCCCACAGCUGCCUGACCCCACACAACCAAACAACCCGGACACUCACACACAUGCACAGACAUGCGCACACACACUCACACACAUAGUGACAUGCUAAAAUACAUUAAAGUGCACGUAGUAAAAUGUGAGUCAGAAUACAGGAGAACCAGUUGAGAAAGCACCAUCAUAGUGUAACAGAAAUACUAGUUAAGUUAAAAUGUUCUAACAAAUCUGAACUGACAAAUGUUUGUUUUCACUUGAAUUAGCUGAACUGUACUGUUUACCAAAAGCAUGCUGGGAAAGCUUGUGUUGUGUGACUGAUAUAUUGCUCAUACAUCAGGCCCUGUCCUCAGAGCGUCUAACCCCUGUGUGUGUUUCAGAUUGUGUUCUGGAGGAGGACAACUUCUCCAUGAAAUGUAAAAAGCACAAGAACAAGUCCAUCAAGGCCCCUCCGAGCAGCCGGCCCGAGCCCAGCUGACCACCACAAAGGCCACUCCUGACUUUGCCCCCUCCGCUUUGCAGUGGUUGACUCCUCCUCUUCCUGUGGUAACCAUGGCGACGUGGAAGAUCCUUCUGGCUGCAAGCGAGGACCUUAAGUUCCCUCGUCACAGGGACCCUCAACUCCACUCAGUUUGACUUAUUUAUACAAUAUUUACGUUUUUUGGGAUUAAAUAACAAUCAAAGAUAUUUAAUUUUAUAUCAAUUUGUAUGAUUAUUUUUAUUUAUUCCAGAAUUCUUAAUGUGUUUUUAAGUUAUUCUCGAAGCUGUCAAAGGAUUGAAUUUUACCUUAAAAGGACAUCAAAUGGUACUUGACUGAAAUCAGAAAGUUCGGAUCAUAACAGCAUUAAUUUUCCAACGCUAGUUUGUUUACAAGGGAACUGAAUGUAUUCCGACAUUUUAGCGUUUUCGUUUCGCUGGAAGCACUUUGGAGUGACACGUGGUCCUGGAUAAGUUUUUAUGAAGUUUUUAAUUUUUUCCGAAGUUUACAUUUUUACAAAAAAAAAACUUGGACAAACGUCGAUGGAAAUGUUGAUUUUGGAUGAAAGCACUUUUUCCGCCUUCUUGGGCCUCCAAAAGUUUGUAUUGACAGGGUUUUCCUUUAUAAAAGCGAGAGGAGGGAAGCAAAAAAACAAAUACAAAAACAAGAAAAAAAAUAAACAGCCAAUAUUUUCAAAAAACAUAAUGAAGCGUGCUCUGUUUUAAUACACUGAAGGAUUUUCCAAUAUUCUUUUCAAAUUGAGACUAGAUCCAAAUUGGGCAGUAGAUUUUUCGCCCACUUACUCCAAGUUUGGCAGUUCUGUUCCUGAUGUUGUGUCCAUGAGCAAGACUUUUCCCCCAUAUCACCAAAGUAAGAAUGAGUCAGUUUAUUUACCUCAUAGCAGUACUUGGGCCAUAGAAGCUCAGCUGGUAUUCUGUAGGUUGCUGGUUUGAUCCCUGCUACCUAUAUUUCUUUCUGCCAUUGUGUCCUUGGGCAAGACACUUCCCACCUAAUAUCAUAGUAUGAAUUCUUAGUUUUGUUUUUUUUUUCCCAAAUUGGUAGCAAAAUUUAACUAAAUUAAAGGUUGCGACAUAGGUAGCAGAAAUCAAACCAGCAUACUGCCACUGUGCCUUUAGGCUAGACACUUUCCCCUCUUUCACCAAGCAAUACAUUUGUUUAUUUCAAACUGAGACUGCUCUGGCUCAGUCAGUAGCAAUAAUCACCCCCAAAAACCUGAAGGUCGCCGGUUUGAUCCGUGCUAUCCAUAUUGCAUACUGCCAUUGUGUCCAUGAGCUAGACACUUCACCGACCUUGCCAGACUGAGCCCUACCUAAAACCUUAAAAUAUAAUGAAUCAUAAUUUGUUUAAGAUCUGAACAAAUUUGAAUAACAGACAGAUUGGUGCACUGUGGAGAUUUUUAUAGGGGUACGGCUCUUGUCGUCAUAUUGAGAAGUUAACUUUGAUCAGAAUGUUCCACAGUAUGGCAUUAAACUUCUUUUUAGCUAUUAAAACGUGACAUAAAAUGCAGUAGAUAAGUGUAAUGCCAUAUUGUGAAGGGCUGUAGUGAAAAAGAUCAACUAAAGACAUGUUCUGCCAAUCGAUUAGUCGACUCAGAACUCAAAACUAUUAUGCAUCUCUGUGUAUUUGAUCCAAACUACACUCACAAGACUACACCUGCAGGGAGUUAAGACAAAAACUACUAUUUAUGCAGAAAAAAGCACUACAAAAUGGUGCAUUUAUACGUUUUAUAUUAUUAUAUGCAUUUUUACCAUAACUAACUCAUUCUGGUCUUAAAAUAUUCAUAUGGUCCCGCUCUACUCCAUCCUGAUGUUUCCAUUUUCACCCUGAAUCAUUUCCUCUUUCUAAUACAGAACGUGACUCCUCAUUUGCUCCUAUAACCACAAGUGUCAGUGAGCUUCAUUUGACUGGAGCUGAACACUGGGUGACGUCAUAUUUCCUUAGUCCACUUCGUUAUACAGUCUAUGCUUUUUACAGUAUAAAUAAAUCUUCAGCUCACUCACGUCUUUCUCCUGUUGUCCACCGAUUAAUCGACUAAGCAACUACAGCCCUCAAGUAAAGUAUAACAUCUCCACGAAGACCACACCAACAAAAAAGUGAGAUUGUAUAUCUUUAAUUUGACAGAGUAGAGUUUUCCUCCUCUCACUUUUCGCCUCCAUUCUCGUCUGUGCGCUUGGAUCACAGACGGACCCUUCUCUUGCAUUUUCAGUGUUACAGACCUGACUUAAGUUUACUUGAGCGAACUCCGCGACCGGCAUUGGACAAAUCAAACUGCUUCUUUUUUUUUUUUUUUUUUUUUUUUUUUUUUUUAAAUAUAUCUCCAAGUGGUGCUUUUCAAAAUGGCCUUACCUGGUGAAAAAAGUAUGCAUCAUAGGUUGAGUUCACGCAACAUCACAACAUUGUAGAAUCUCUGUACAGUGCAUAUGGUGGGUUAGACUACUCAGUUUUUUCAUUAUUUUUGGUGAAGUUUAUAAUUUUACUUACUGGUGUGGCAUACAUAGAGUAAUUCAAUAAUUGUUACCUAGCAACCAUAAUGUAAACAAGGGCUUAUCAUGGUUAUUAUGAGUAGUGAAAAUACAUGCCAGCACCUUUAUUGGUAAAUGUCAGGGGAAAAAAAAAAAUUCUCAUAUUGACUUGGGUGGGAUUCUAUAAUUUGAAUGUAAUAUCUCUGCCAGUGUUCUGUUUAUCACACGUAUUAUCUCACCAAACAAAAUUUGGAAAAACACAAAACCUGUCAUAUGCACUUUUAUAUGAGCCUCUGCCCUCCAACUGAAAUUCUGACGUCAAAUUGGUGUAUGUUGUGAACGCAAACUAUUCAUUUCAGCCAAGACAAAUCAUUGAGGAUGAUUGGAUUUGAAGGCAGCUUGCAUGCACUUUUCCCUGCUUCAGAAAUAUUCCUCCUUCCAAGUGUAAAAUUGUGUGUACUUUUCCAUCUCGCCUGCAGGGGGAGUAUUGUACCAGUUUAUUUUUUUGUUUGUUUUUUUAUUCUAGAGGCAGCUCAAGACCUUAAAUGCCAACUCACCAGCAACCAAUGUGCCAUCUGUAAUUACUUUGCAAUCGAUCCUCUCACCUGGAUUUUGUGUUGUACCAAAUACAGCUGUUUUAUAAUCUGUUCUCAGGGCUGAAUCUCACAUGUUAGAAUUACAUUUUUUUAUGUCUGUUAAAUAGUGUACAUUAGUUUGAAACUGGAGCCAUGUAGCAGCGUUCAUAUUUCCAUUCAAACUGUUCAUUCCCACGUGUUCCAUGUGUAUGUGCUGUGCUGAACGGCCGUGUUUGUUUUCACUGAAGCUUUAGUUCAGCUCGCCCGCCUGUCAGACAAAAUAAAACAUUUUGUUCCAUGAGAA